AUGUGGAAUCAUGGUCACGCUCCCGCCGCCGCUGGCGCUGGAAGCAGCGCCGCGUCGCAAAACCGCCCCAUCAGCAUGUCCAACAUUUCGUCGACACAGCGGAGAGCCGGCGGCAUGGUCCAAGCUCAGCAUGGCCCCUCAUCUAGCAACGCUGCUUUCCCUCGUCCCAACAUCGCUUUCCCCGGAACAGUAUCCACGCCGCGCUCGUCUGCUGCACCCAACGCCGCGUCUUCAACAACACCCAGAUCAAUACAGCAUCUCUCCCUGCUCACUGCCAGCACGCCGGCUUCCAUCGCAAAACUUGCCUUCCCGUCUCUGGCCACGGUCCAUUGGCAUCGCCUGCAGCAGCGGCACAGCGAGACGCGCACGCAGAAGGAUCGCGAUGGUCAAGUUCGAGAGGCCUCUUCUCUCGACGCUGGCCCUUCGACCACUCAUAUCGACGACCUCCACAAGUGGCGCAGCGGUGUCCAACACGUCAUUGCUUUUGCGAACAAGUCAUGUCUCCAGUCCCAGGCGGGGAGCAAGAACGAGCUGAAGCCUCUGUUCGCAGGUCCACUGAUGCACAUGGGCUCGACGCUUCCAUCGCAGCAUGAGCCUGGGCCAAGCAAUCCCAGCAGUGUGUCCGCCGACCUGUGGAUCUUUGUCGUCGUAGCCGACCACGAGAGCUCGACAACCAAGCCAUCUGCUCCUGCCACCGAAGACGUGACCAUGCUCGAUGCCGCAAAGAAGAACAGCGCCGACGCGAAGCAAAGCGAGAUCCCUGUCGGAGGCAACACGCAGCAGGACACACUCAACGCAAGCACAGCCUCACUGGAUGCAAUCCUAGCCCACCACCUUCCGGCCGAUCUCGCCAAAGCGCUUGCACGCUUAUCUGCGGUUGCCAACGUCCGUUCUGGCUCCUAUCGCCUGGCAGCUGCGGCCUUGGACCCAGAAGAUGUCAAGGGGAAGCAAUCCUCGCUCACCUCGGAACAGCGACAGGCCCAUAGAUGCUUCCUGGCAGCGAUCAAGGCCAGAGCCAUUCAUCUGAUGACUACGACAAGAUCGUCGUCCUUCCAGCAGCCUCACGGAAGUGAAGUAUGUGAUCGCGGUCGUCUGCGACUUGGAGAGAGUGUCGUCUUCUUGCCCAUUUCCCGUCCCGGCUCAGACGCAACAGGGUAUGAUGGCACUGGACACAAGAAGACACCCUUCGCCAGCGCCAACGAAGCCGCAAGUCUCGUGACGCAGCUGGACGUCUCACUCACUGAAUCCUCGCUCCUGGUUCGUGCGACAUCCCGCCGCAUUGCUGCCCUUCCUUUGGCCAGCAUUCAUCAUGCCAAGAUUGCAUCCUUGCUGCCAUCGUCUCCGCAGCGCCCAAGUAUGCUCAUUGCUCCACUGGGUCUUCGAGUGGAACUCCUAGGUACAGUCCCAUCUAGCACGUUCGCGCAUGAUCACCUUUCCGAGCUACGGACCAUGUUCGCAAAGCUCCAUACGGCGGCUCCCAACGCGGGCUCAGAUGACGAUGCGCUCCUUGCAUCCGGGCUUGCUGUCUGUGCCCUGCCUCAGGAACACUCGACCACCCAAUCACCAUCGCAAGAUCUCAAGCAGUCACAAGAUGUGCUAUCCGGCAUGUUCCCCCACAGCGAAGCCCAGGUCGACACUCAGACCCGUUCGGAUGCAGAUGCAGCGCAUGGGCAGCCUCGAUUGCGGUCAAACUCGCGCCAAUUCCUGUGGCCAGUCGCUUGGUGUCUCGUCCUCCCAGGUCCAUCAUUGGCGAUGCCGCGCGCGCUCGCAUCGGCAAACAGCAUCAACUCGGAUCUUGACACAAUACAGAGCCAACCCAUGACACCGCUCAAGGAGCUCGCAGCUUUCACGCUCAAGGUGCUCAAUGAUGCCAACGAGUCCACAUCUGUACCGCAACCGCCCCCUUACACACCCGGCGAGACAGACGACGCUUCUCUCGCUCGUCGUCGCGCCGACCGUCUGCCCUCGACACGCCCGGACAUCACACCCGCCAGCGUUGUUUUACCUGAUUUCGACUUUGCUAUGACAGCACCCGAAUCGGGUCCCUCUUCGCAUCCGCCAAUUGCUGUCGGUCCGCCUCUAUCAAGCGGUUCGUUGCCAAAACAAGAAAGGAUAGGCACAGAGUCCGGGCGACCAGCAGCUAGCUCAGAAACCUUUGGACAGGAUCUCAACUGGAUGCAUUUCUUACCCGCACAGUCGGGCGAGGCGACUGGGCCUGCAUCCUCAAUGAUUACAGCCGGAGCAGGUGCGCCGGUCCGCUCGCCCGCGUCCGGGACUGGCGAGGCAAAGCAACUCCUUAACGAGCAAAACGGCUCCAAUUGGCUUUUCGCCACCAGCUCUGCCUCCUCCGCUCCGCUGCAAGUAGGCGCAACUUCACAGUCUCUCCUGCAGCCACAGGCGCAGAUGCCGUCUCUAGGUUCGACACCACAGCAGGGGUCAGAGACGACGCCGUUGUCGGGCUUGGCACAGUCGAUGACAGUCAAGCGCAAAGCAGGAGAAGGAGAUAUCUUUGGCAGCAUGGGUCUGCUGACCGAAGACGACUUUUCCUUUUUCGACGAGUCCGCUUUCGGUCUCGACCCGGGCGGUGCUUUGGAGCAGACACUCGAUCCACCACCUGAGACGUCCUCGCAAGCUCUGAACUUCGGGCAGCAGGGUGUCUCGCAGCCGGUGACGAACGGUCCCAAUGCGCUGAUGUCCUCAGCUGCAAUCAUCGACGACGUGACCAUGCAAGAUAUCGACCAGAGCGGUCUGGAUGACCUCUUCAGCGCAAUCCCAGGUCUUCAGGAUGUCAUCGACACCUCUCACUCUUCGCAGGCACAGAGUGCACCUCAAACAUCUUUCGCGACGUCGAUGGCAGGUGCACAAGCCCCCGGGUCUCAGAUGGGACACCGCACCGCACAAGACGGCGCGACGAUGGUCACGGCCUCAUCACAGCCUUUCCACCCAAGUCUCAACGCAUUCACACCACGCGAUGCCGCAGGAGCCACCCCCUUUGGCGAUCCGGCCUCCUUGCCCGGAUUCACGCCAAGCUCCCUCACCGAGAGCUCGCCCGCCUUUGGCAAUCCACAAUACAAGACGCCAAGAACGCCCUAUUCGCCGGUCGAAGAAUACCACGAUGGUGCUGCUAUCGUUGACUUGCAAACCAGGCAUCGCGUAGGUGAUUCUGCUCAGAGCUAUCGGGAGCGAGGCCUCGCCUCUGCGCAGGACUCGCAUGCGUCCGGUGGGCAUUCGGUCCAAGACGAAAAGGCCGCUUCUGUCCUAAAUGAGGACCAGCUUCGUUUGGCUGACGCUAGCACGGCAGCUGCAGCUGCGGCCAAUGCAGCCAUGGACGCGGACGGCUCGAGCAGAAAACGUCCGGCUAUCGUGCCCAACGCCUUUUUGCCACUGACACAGCCAGAGGCACGCAAACCGUUGCAGAGGCUUCCUGCGGGUGUCCGAGUCAAUCUCGGCCGCAAGUACGACCUGCUCGGCAAGUUCGCCUCGAGGCCCAAGAUGUCGACCUCCGUUCCGGCCUCCUCGACUGCGAAGAAUGCGCCGACGACGGAGCCGCCGCCGACGAGCGAAGCAAGAAUAAGCGCAGAUCGCACGAUGAUAAGGCCACCCUCACCGAAGGCCUUGUCACGGCGCGGUCAAUCGCUGCUGCAGCUAAGACGAGAUCGGCACAGCAAGGCUUCGCCCGGAUCGUCCAUGCUGCAACGGCCAUCCAGCUCUUCACGUAUGGUGGAGCCACCAGCAACGCCGCGGUCGAGCGAUGACUUUGCGAUGCCGGGAGCGCUCAGUGACUCCGAAAACGAGACAUCUAGUAGCAACGACGACGACAGCGAUGACGCGCGGAGCGACACGGAAGGAACCACAACGACGCUGUCUCCGGACGAGCAGGCGACGAUGAAAGCAUUCACCAGCGACAUUGUUGCCUCGUACCUGAGUGGCACGACGGCUCCUGCCAGGGCGCACUUUCUUGGAGGCAGGCCAGAACCAGAUGGCGAGAUGAGUCAGAUCGCAAAACCACCAGCUCUGCUGCCGUUCUCGUUCUCACAGAGUAUGUCGGCACUGUCGAGGACGACUGCAGUCGCAAAGACGAUCCGUCCUACUCUGAAGCGGUCGAUGCUGCGCAGAACCGCCAACUGGCUGAUCCGGAAUCCACAGUUUCGAUCCAUGUACAGCGUCGGCAACGCCAGCACCAGGGCAUGUUCAGAUAUUGCCAUCAGCGAAAAGGUCGAGGUGCUCGAAGCUAUGGCGUCUGCCCUCAGCAUCGCACCUGCCGCCGCCGCGCCCGUGCAGGCUGCCGAGGACAUCCUGCUAUCCCUCCCGACCCUCGGAAGCCUGGCUCAACCGCGUCAAGACGCUGCUUUGACCGCAGGUGAGCGUGUCGAGGUUGCCGAAGUGCUGGAUCCCACUCGAAUUGCUGUCGGCUGCCACGGCUCGGUGGUGGAGACGCUACCAUCGGCGCUGACGCUCUGGGACAAGUCGAAGCUGUCGGCUGUCAGCGGUGAGAAGCACGUCAUUGCGAAAGUGUUACUGACUGACGCUUCUCCGGCCUGGCACGACGAGAUCGUUGCAUGGUUGGAGCGACUUCGCGUCGCCUUUGAGGCGCACGGUCUCGGCACGCACAGCGGCGGUCCGCAGUCGAUCCUCGCUGUGGCAGACGGAUCUGACUCGUUGGCUCUGUCGAGCUAUCUCGACGAACUCUACAAGGACGGCGAGACGUGGCUGGAUACGUUGCGAUCCAUCUCGAGCCGCGUUCAGCUCGAUCUGCUGCAGGGUAAGCAUGUCGUCGUGUAUACUCUGCAGCCGCUCCACUCUUCGCCGUGCGGCGCAACGGGUUACCACGGACUGUUGCGGCUCGAGGCAGACCUUAGAGCGAUGCUAAGCGAGCAGGUGGGUGUCCUGGCGGAGCAAUUGCUGGUACGCCCUGUGACGCCGUCGAUGAUGACCGAAAGCGGCAGCCUGGGCUUCCAUCAGCAGUCGCAUGCUGUGAGAAGACUGGCUUUCUCCGUGUACGAUCAACUGCCAAGGCUGGUGCGACGCCAGCCCGCCAAGGUGCUGCACGGACGCGAACUAGGACCGAUCUCAGCGGUGGUGCAGUUCCCUGCCUUCAGCCUUUCGAGCACGGCUGAUAAGCCGUCGUCAGCAUCGGCAGCAGGUCCCGCUGGGAAGACGAAAUUUUCGCUGUCUUGGCCGCAAGACCCAGCUGCUGCGGUAGACGAGAAUGUGACGCUGCACAUCAGCUAUCGUAUCUGCCGAGCCGGCCGACGCGAACAGGAUCUACAGGCUCACGACGGCGACAUGGAGGACAGCACCCUGUAUGACGCCUCCAACCUCUCUAUAUUGGACAAGAUGGCCGACGCCGCACAGUCACCCUCGACAACAGGCGCAAGCAUUGUCGUGCUGAGUGCUGUCGACGAACGCGGUGGAUCCAGCGCCGUCGAUGCGUUCUCUGUCCCUGAAGGCAGUUCCAAUGUCGAAGCCUGCAUCGAGCGAGUCUGGCGAUUUGCAGUAGCAGAGGCGAGCCGAGCUCGUCUCAACUGGAGACUGGCCAUCUCGAGUGCAGGCUCGAUGCGUCGACGCGAGCUGCGAGCUUGGCAGCGGCUGAUCGAUGCGUACCUCACGGCGAGCGGGGCUCAGGAGAGGGUGAUGGGAAGCGUUGUCUUGUUGAGCGUGCGACCGGACGACUCAGGCGCCAUUCUGACGGAGCGCGGAGUGCGCAUCAAGGCGAGCCAAGACUGGGCGACGUCGACGACGGCAGCGGCGUCCGACAAGGCGAGUCUGAUCUUGUUGGACGCAGCCGACUUUUCGCAGAUGGUCAAGUUUGCCGAGCCUAUGCCGAUGGGUUGGACGGAGGCAUUUGGAAGCUCGCACUCGUCCAAGGAAGAAGAGGGGGCUGGGACUGAGCUCGAUAUGAUGGCGAUGCCCAUCGCUUCUGCAAUGCUCGUACACCGUCCGCGUCAAGACUUUGUCAGCAGCGGGAACAACGUCGGUCUCGACGGACGCCUCGGUGCCAGCCACGUGCUCGCCAUCGACAUGCUCCAAAGCUGGAAUUUGUCGCCAUCGCAACAGACUCGGCCGCUCAGCGAGGAAGCGGCGACCAGAGAGCAAUCUAGGAAGGAAGUGGAGGAUAUGGACUCGAUACUGCGCAGCUUGCAUCGGCUGCGACUGAUCAGCGAGGAGCGACACCACUUGCCAUGGCCAUACAACGCCCAGCCGUGGCCGGUGGCGAGCGUCAACACAUUGGCGUCGUGCCUGGAUGGGGUGAUGCUUAUCGACUAG